GCACCGCUGUGAGUCAUGGACGGGUCCAACAUGACUUCCACAGACUUCACCUUUGUGGGGCUAUUCGGCAGUGAGGAAACCUCAGGCCUGCUCUUCACCAUCAUCUCCAUCAUCUUCCUCUCCGCACUGACAGCCAAUGGGAUCAUGAUCCUCCUGAUCCACACUGACCCCCGCCUCCACACCCCCAUGUACUUCCUGCUCAGCCACCUGUCCUUCAUUGACAUGAUGUACAUCUCCACUAUUGUGCCAAAGAUGCUGGUAGACCACCUGCGUGGCCAGAGGGCCAUCUCCUUCGUGGGGUGCACAGCCCAGCACUUCCUCUACCUCACCCUUGUCGGGGCCGAGUUCUUCCUGCUGGGGCUCAUGGCCUAUGACCGCUAUGUCGCCAUCUGCAACCCGCUGAGAUACCCUGUCCUCCUGAGCCGCCGGGUCUGCUGGAUGAUCAUAGCGGGCUCCUGGUUUGGGGGCUCCCUGGAUGGCUUCCUCCUCACGCCUAUCACCAUGAGCUUUCCCUUCUGCAGAUCCCGGGAGAUCAAUCAUUUCUUCUGUGAGGCGCCUGCAGUCCUGAAGCUGGUAUGCGCAGACACAGCCCUCUAUGAAACCGUCAUGUACGCCUGCUGCGUUUUGAUGCUGCUGAUCCCGUUCUCUGUGGUUAUUGCUUCCUAUGCCCGCAUACUGACUACGGUACACCGCAUGAGCUCGGUGGAGGGGAGGAAGAAGGCGUUUGCCACCUGCUCGUCCCACAUGAUGGUGGUCACACUGUUCUACGGGGCCGCCAUGUACACCUACAUGCUGCCUCGCUCUUACCACACCCCGGCCCAGGACAAGGUGCUGUCUGCCUUCUACACCAUCCUCACCCCGCUGCUGAACCCCCUCAUCUACAGCCUGCGGAACAAGGACGUGAUGGGAGCCCUGCAGCGGGCACUGGGUAGAGUCAAAGGCUCUCAAAGAGUGGCAGGAGGCAACUUCUGA